UUGACAGAUGCAUGCCAGAAACCCCCAUUCUCCUUUUCAAAGACAACAUAUGAUGGAUUGCGAUCUCUCAGCGCAGCAGGACACGGGGACCAUGCAAGCUGUAAUUGGUCAGGAUCCAAUGAUAGCUGGACAAGUCAGUAAGCCCUUGCUGUCAGUGCGGAGUGAAAUGAAUGCGGAGUUGAGAGGUGAGGACAAGGCUGCUACUUCAGACAGCGAGCUGAAUGAGCCCCUGCUUGCGCCUGUGGAAUCAAAUGACAGCGAGGACACUCCCAGCAAGCUCUUCGGGGCCAGAGGAAACCUGGCACUAUCAGAGCCAGGCACUCCUGACCAACACCAGGCCAGUCAGACCCACCCCCCAUUUCCAGUUGGGCCACAGCCACUUCUGACGGCACAGCAGUUAGCUUCUGCUGUGGCUGGCGUGAUGCCGGGAGGCCCCCCAGCCCUCAACCAGCCAAUCCUCAUUCCCUUCAACAUGGCGGGACAGCUAGGAGGCCAGCAAGGACUGGUUCUCACACUGCCAACAGCGAAUCUCACCAACAUCCAAGGGCUGGUGGCAGCAGCUGCAGCCGGAGGCAUUAUGACUCUGCCAUUGCAAAAUCUACAAGUGUCAGGUAACCCAGAAAGAGGUGGUCAUCCUAACGAGAAGUUCAAGGGCAAUAAGGAUGGUAAUCAGGAAAAGUCUCAUGCCUCGAAAGCGCCCAAGAUAAAUGUCCACCACCUAAAGGGCAAAGCCAGUGGUCGUCUUGUAAUCAAUCCACCAGCAGCCAUCCCAAAGCUGAUUUUGCCACCUUUAGGCGACCUAUUGCACAGCCCUUGA